AUGGCACAGUCACACACCGGUGAUCAUGAAGAGCUUCUCGAGAUUCAGUCUCUGAUCUCAGACACGCAGGACAUUGGGUCACAUCUAGCCGGUUCGAACAUUCCGGAAUUACUAGCUGCUGAAAAGCAUUUAACAAAAUUGCUGCAGUCCAAUAAAGAGAUGUUAGUGAUUCUCACCGAUAUUUCGGAGAAUAUGGGAUCCGCCCGACUACAGCGAAACCUGAGUAGGCUACUCAAGAAAUUCUAUGUCGACCUGUUCGAAGAAGCCGUGUCGAAUCUGGAAAAGUCCACAGCCAAUCUACUUCGUAGUCGCAACGCCAGACACAGAAUAUCCAAAAGCAUCGCCGGAAGAUUGGAACAUGGAAAGGAUGAUAGCUCAAGCGACGAUGACCCAAAUUCAAAGCGACCGGUUUACAGAAAAUCACUAGCCGAGGUUGAAAUAUGGAUAGGGAACCAAAGGGCUUUUUCUGAACCCUUUCUCUCCUCUGAACGCGAUGGUACGAAGCACAAGAGUCUAAACGCCCGGGACAAUGAUUCUGCUGAUAUCUCGGAGAGCUAUGAAAGUGAUAUUCAAGACAGAAAGCCCCUGCAUGAAUUACCUCAUAUCUCUCGCAUGGAGAACUUUGUGUUCAAAAGGGCUGCCUUCCAGAAGCUCUUGACCAACCUACAAUUAUUUGAAAGAGUGAAUUUCUCAUGUUACGUUCACCAGAGUUGGCUCGACAGAGGCAAAUGCUAUAUGCAGCAAGUGUCGGCAUACCCCUGGGACUGGUGGCCUUUUGACGGACCAAAAUCCCAGCUGGACCAUGGUAUGCACUGUGGGAAGGAAUUAUCGGAAGACACAUCCCCGAAGGCAGCCUUUCAAUUACAACGCUUGCUCCAUCUCCGGCCGUUUCCCUCGGAGACUAAUCACCUGUGCUUGAAUCGUAGACGCUCACAGCAUCCACCGAAGCAAACAUUGGUACACUUCUUGAGCAGUCUCUAUACUUCCUUCAGCUGGCCACUUUCCCCUGCGAUAUCUUCAACACUCCCAGCUCCAAAUGUUCAACCGACUUCUAGCUCCAGUUCAUCUCCUCCUACGGGACCUGUCGCUCUCCCCGCAACCGCUGCGAACCCGAGUUCAUCUUCGACCGUCGCUGAUCAGCAAAGCACUCACGUUAUUCCUAUCGCUCCCGAUGAUCGCUUGCUCGUCCUGCUUGGCGUUCAGGGUACGAGAACAACGCUGGACAUCGAGCAGUUGGACGUCAAGAAAAAGGCCGAUGGCCAACCUCCAGAUGACGGCGUUUUCUUUAACGAUUUGGUCAAUGCUUAUAAAAACAUGCGCGGACGAUUGCGGCUUUGGUUUUUAUUGAAUAAGAUCCGAAGGAACCGGGUCAUCGUAGGCGAAACUGCCAUCCCACAUGAUCCGGAUUAUGAAUACGACAACUCGCCCACUCCGCCGGCGGAGAUGCCUCCAAUCCCGGAGCACGAAUUCCGGAGUUCAUUAUUCCCCUGCUCCGAACCUUGCUGGUGGUCACCCUUCCACGACUGCAUCGAACCAUCAACCGAGAACCAUGCCCUGAAAUUGAUUCCGAAGAAAAAGAGUCUGUGA